UAUAUGCUCAAUGAUCGAUGGUGUGUUCCGAAAUAUCGAACAUAUUUCCUCCCUAAAAUAUCUUUUUCCGUGACGACGGUUACAGUGGAGACGAGUUUUCCAUAUUAACACACCAUCAUGACCAACUCGAAGGGUUAUAGACGUGGUACGAGAGACUUGUUCUCUCGCAAAUUUCGUAAACAUGGAACCAUUCCCUUAUCUACGUAUAUGAAGACGUAUAAAGUCGGCGAUAUCGUUGACAUCAAGGGCAAUGGUGCUGUACAGAAAGGUAUGCCGUACAAAGUCUACCAUGGCAAGACUGGCCGUGUAUUCAACGUAACGGCACAUGCCUUGGGUGUAAUUGUUAACAAGAGGGUGCGUGGACGUAUCAUCGCCAAGAGGAUCAAUGUACGCAUCGAGCAUCUAAGCCACUCCAAGUGCAGGGAUGAUUUCCUCAAGCGUGUCAAGGAGAACGAGAGGCUCAGGAAGGAGGCGAAGGAGAAGAGCAUUCAUGUCCAGCUCAAAAGGCAACCCGCUGAACCGUCUAAAGCACAUAUUGUAUCAGGACGCGAAGCACCCAUCUUACUCGCACCUGUCCCAUAUGAAUUUAUUGCUUAAAUAAAAUUUUGAAGAUCAAAAAUUGUCGUUUUUCCAUAUUAUUACAUAAUGUAAUUGAACAAGCAGAAUAACUAACGUUCUUUCUUUUAAGAACAAUAUUAUGUAUACAUUGGUUAUUUUAAUUUUAAGUCGUAUGUUGCACAUGCGCGUAACGUGACGAAUAAAAGAUAUUCUCAUAA